AGCGGGAGGAAGAGGCUGGCGCGCGCAUGCGCACGCGGGCAACAAGUUAUCAAAGCAUGCGCGGAAGGAUGAAGUAAUAAGGCGGCAUCAGUGGCGGCCGUAGAAGUAGCGGCGGCAAUUGAGCAGGUGCUCGCGCGGACGCGCAAGUGAGGCAGCGGGCGGGGAAGCGCUGGAUGCCCGGGGGUGGGGCUAACAUCCGCUCCGAGGCUGGCAGUGCAGCGGAGAGCGCGAGUUCGAUUCCCGGCGCUGCCGGCUGUAGCAGUAGCCCCACUAGAAGCGAGGCGGUGCCGCCGCCGCCGAAGAUGAGCCUUUCCCCGAAGGAGCUGUCGAGCCUGCUGAGCAUCGUGUCGGAGGAGGCCGGAGGCAGCACCUUCGAGGGCCUCUCCACCGCCUUCCACCACUACUUCGGCAAGGCCGAGCACUUCCGCGUGGGCUCCGUCUUGGUGCUGCUCCUCCAGCAGCCCGACCUCUUGCCCAGCCCCCCGCAGCGCCUCACCGCCCUCUACCUGCUGUGGGAGAUGUACCGCACCGAGCCCCUGGCCGCCAACCCUUUCGCCGCCAUCUUCGCCCACCUCCUCAACCCGGCGCCCCCCGAGCGCGCCUCCUCGAACUCCGGCCCUGGCCCGGCCGGCGGAGGGGGAGGAGGAGACGACAGCGAGAGGCCCCCGCUCUCAGGUUUCCUGCCACCUAUAACACCACCAGAAAAGUUCUUCCUUUCUCAGCUGAUGUUGGCCCCACCUAGAGAGCUCUUUAAAAAGACUCCUCGACAGAUUGCCUCAAUGGAUGUAGGGAAUAUGGGCCAUUCAGUGGAUAUAAGUGGUCUUCAGCUAGCUUUAGCAGAGCGUCAGUCUGAACUGCCGACACAGAGUAAAGCAAGUUUCCCAAGUAUUCUAAGUGACCCUGAUCCGGAUUCUUCCAAUUCUGGUUUUGACAGCUCUGUUGCCUCCCAGAUCACUGAAGCUCUAGUGAGUGGACCAAAACCACCUAUUGAAAGUCACUUUCGGCCUGAAUUUAUCCGGCCACCACCUCCACUCCAUAUUUGUGAGGAUGAACUGGCUUGGCUCAACCCCAUAGAGCCAGAUCAUGCAAUUCAGUGGGACAAAUCAAUGUGUGUGAAAAACAGUGCUGGAGUAGAGAUCAAGCGCAUCAUGGCCAAAGCUUUCAAAAGCCCUUUGUCAUCACCACAGCAAACACAGCUCCUUGGGGAGUUGGAGAAAGACCCCAAACUUGUUUACCAUAUUGGCCUCACUCCUGCCAAGCUGCCUGACUUAGUGGAAAACAAUCCUUUAGUUGCUAUAGAAAUGCUGCUUAAACUAAUGCAGUCAAGUCAGAUAACAGAAUAUUUCUCUGUAUUGGUCAACAUGGACAUGUCUCUCCAUUCAAUGGAAGUUGUAAACCGGCUUACAACAGCAGUUGAUCUUCCUCCAGAAUUUAUUCACCUUUAUAUCUCCAAUUGUAUUUCUACUUGUGAGCAAAUUAAGGACAAGUACAUGCAGAACCGGUUGGUACGUCUUGUUUGUGUCUUUCUACAAUCCUUGAUCCGGAAUAAAAUCAUUAAUGUACAGGACUUAUUUAUAGAGGUACAGGCCUUCUGUAUUGAAUUCAGUCGGAUAAGAGAAGCAGCUGGCCUUUUCCGAUUGCUCAAGACACUUGACACUGGUGAAAACCCUUCAGAGACAAAGACUUCAAAAUAAGACUUAAAUGGGAACAUUACUUUGGAUUAGGGCUCUGUUUGACUUUUGUAUAGUUGAUUUUGUUAUUGCUUGCAAUUAAGAUGCUAUUUGUGCUGUAUUAAAUACUGCUUUUUCUGGUGGAUAAGGUGUCUGAGUCUGGCACUGUAAUGCAAGCUUCUGCUUGACAUUGCCUAUGGUUGAGGUAGUUUGCAUGGAACUUGUGUGGGGAUACUACCUCGUCGGGAGUUAUACAAACUGCAUUUUUGGGGAGAAGUUGUUACUGUGGGAAGUAUUUCUUACAUCUGAAAUCCAAGCCUAUGAAGUAUUUAAGGUACAGGCUUUGUACUAUUUACCCUGUUCUGUUGAUUUGCAUGCGAAGAGCUGAAGUUGCCAUUGUCUGCUGAGAGGUCAAAUGUUCCUGAGUUGCUGAAGCACUUCCUGCACAGUAUUCCAAUGUAAAAUCCUCUGAAUGUAGCAUAGGUGUGUGGAGGGUAGACUAUGGCUGAAGAAAACUAAUUUUAUAAAACGAUUAAACAGUUUUAAUGUCUCAUUGCUCCUUCUACAGACAAUCUUCCGAAGGGGUGAUCAAGCAGUAGUUUAAAAACUUGGAAAGCUGGGCUGAAGAAGUGAUACGUGAUCAGCCCCCGUCUCCUAGCCUUUUGUGCGAGCAUUCA